AUAAAUCAUUUGACAAGUGCAGGGAAACCAUACUUGGGUGCUUCUGCUGACUGUGCAGGAAAAUGAUCUUGCAGGGCUAUAUAUAGGAUGACUGCUCCAAGACCUGUCAGAUACUGGAAAUGCAGACAGAUAUAGUACCACUGUUACACUGACAGUUAGAAAUCAGAGGUUCAACAGGUCUAUGGAUGACAUUGCAAUUAAAAGUGAUAAAAAUAAAAUGUAUGAUGUUCAGAAGAUAGCAGUUUACAGUUUGUGGUGAGUUGUUUAGAGAGGAUGGUAUGCUGCUCCCAGCAAAGCUAUAUAAAUAUUUUCUACCAAGCCAGAAUGUUUUUCCUAGAGCUGAUAUCUCAUGCCUACUGAAGCUCUUGGCUUCAGUUCAGAAGAGUAUUUUACUAGAGGAUUCACAUAUACAAAAAUGAACCUGUGGGAUCUGAUCCUAUAGAUCUCAUCAGUCAAAGGGAAGCGCAGAAGUUGUGCAAUUGUGGAGGUGAAAGCCAGAUGACUAUAUGGGAGGUCAAAAGCCAGUCAAGAACGGCCAGAUGGGGAAUAAACAAAGUUCAACUUCAUAAUCACAUUUGUGGUGGUUUUGUGUUUGUAGGUUUGGGGUUUUUUUAAUACAAUGUCUAUAAAACGCCCUGAGAGUGCAGCCUUUCCAGAGACUAAAACAGAGGUUUAUGUGUUUCAGCUGCUACUGAUCUGGUCUGACUGGAUCAUCAGGAAAUAAAAAUGUUCUGGGCAAUUCAACUGAACAUAAUUUGUGCAACAAAACAAAAGUUUGCAUCUGAAUAAGUUUAUGUAGUUAGUACUACUUGACCUGUUGUUAUGCUUUAUGCUUCAGAGCUCUGCUGGGAAAUGCUGUCAGCCUUUUAGACCUAAAGGCUGGAGGUCAGACUGGAAAGCUUCAAACCCUUCUCUGAUUUCCAUGGGGAAGAACAGAGCGGAGCUCAGGCUUCAAGGUAAAGGAACACAAACAGUCAGGACAGUGCAGAGCUCUGUGGGGGCUGACUGAGCCUGCUUCCCAGGGCUCUGUGCUUGCUCUGCACUAGUUUGGGUCACUCUGGGCAGUGCUGUGUGCUGCACCCCCCCACCCCACCCAGUGUGUUAACCAACAUGGACAGCAUGUUUGAGAUGCACCCGCUUUCUGCAUUGAGAUUUGGGGUUUGCUUUGCAAGGCAAUGCCAGCUUUUGGCUUUCAAAGAAUGAUGUUCAGCAGAAGCUGCUCCCAACAGAAAUCUUGAAAGAAUAAGGUCCUGAAUAUGGAUGGGAGGAAUCAGUUCAAGGUAAGUGCUGGUGAGAAAUAACAGGAACCAAGCAGUAGGGAUAAACUACGCUGGUUUGUAGGAAUGUUGAUUUUAUUGAUGCAUCUGCCAAAAACUACAGCUGUGCCUGGCCGGUCUGCUCAUGCCUGGCAGAUGCGCGUGUGUGUGGCGCAGUAACCAGAAGGAAAUGCUACUCUGUUCUGUUUCCUAUGGGGCAGUGGCCAGCAGAGAGGCAUCCAUGACUUCCCACAGAGAGAGACUCCGAGAGAGACAGCAGGGUACAAACGUGCAGCUCAAACAGGCUCAAAGAAGCACAAACAGGCCAGUCGAAUUUUAUCUCUGAAGGUUUUACUGCUCCUGGGAGACCUUUCUCAUGCGGAGCAAGGGUUCAGAGGGCUUGUCUGACUGGCAGGCACGUGGCUGAUGCCCUCAGCUCCCGGGGUUGGCAGCUGGCAGCCCGACAGCAGGACUGUGAGUAGGGGAGCUGGGGAGACAGAGUGUGCCGGGCUCUAACAACUUUUCCAGGGUAAUGCUGAGCUGGGAGGGAGGAAGUUGGUGAUUUAAUGGUUUGUGGGCUUGGCUGUAGGGCCUGCUGGAAGGAUACCUGCUUGCUGUUACUCAUACAGUAAGCUGUGUUUAUAUCUUCACUAAUUCAUCCUUUCUUCCACAUGAGGGAGAAGCGUGUAAGAAAAAGGGUGGCAUGAGGUUGCUUUUUACAUAUAAAAUCAUCUCUGUAUAAAGCUAUUCCUGUGGAGAUAUAAAAAGCAAUUUACAGGGUAUCUCACAGCUGCACAAGACGCAAAAUCUUCAGCAAAAGGUGGAGGACACUGCCUGUCUUGCCAGUGAAAUAUUUCACUGGUCUGCUUUAUUAAGUGUUUCACAUGUUUCUUUCUUGUUGGGGUUAGCUGGUGAGUGGAAAAUCCCUGCAAGGAGCAGAAACACUGGCAAGUGAAAGUGAAAGUAGGGCACAGCCAGACAUUUUGGAAAACUGAUGGGGUUAGGGCAGACUGGGGACCCUGGGUCUUGUCAGGGAUUAGCAUUCAUCUAUAGAGCGGGGCGAGAGGGAAGUGGGAUGGUGAGAGCAAUGAAGAAAAGCUGCCUGGAAACACCAACCCACCCAACUCUCUUGCUUUCCUUUCUGUUUUCCAUCUACCCCUUAAAUCCCACACUUCAAAUUCACAAACUUCAAAUUCUUCUGCCACAGCAGCAGCAACAGCAGCACACUGCUGUGCAGAGGGGAGAAAAGGGACAGCCACAACCAAAAAAAGCUCUCAGGAGUGCUGGGUCUCAUGAAUCUCCUGCAAUGGCGUUUGAGAGAAAAUGAAUUGGGAGAAUUUUUCUAGGAACAGGUUUGGCUGGUGUACUGCAUACAAAGUGCAGCUGUGGUCCGAAGACAGCAGUGGAACAAGCGAAGGCUGAGAAGGAGACUCGGGUGUUUCCUUGCUCUUUGUUCUGGCAGUCUUGGGGCUGCCAAGCCUUUCUUUGUGGACCUUUGAACUGUAACCAGCUCUAUAAGGGAGUUCCUCCUAUAAUGAUUUCACCUGAUUAGCCUGCUCUGAAUACCGGUGAUCCCUGCCAAAGUAUGGAAUGCGCCAGAGCUGGAUAAAUGAUCAUUUCCAGUUUCUGUUCAAAUACUGUGUUCAAGUUCUUCAGGCAGCUCUGAGUAGUUCAGCCACAGACCCUUUCAAACUCCACAGCAGGCAGGUGGGCAGGUCUCGUCUGUGGGUAUGUGCUCCACAGGAGGGUAAUGUUAUAGAAACAACGAAGUGAUAAGAUGCAUAGAAAAAUGUUGGCUGAGCCCAAAACUGGGACAAGCAAAGGAGCUUGAAACACAGCGGCAAGCAAAGUAAAAUCCUCUGAUUUUGAAUUAUUGGCGCCUACCUGUUUCAGAUUGUUCUCUUUGUAGGUGCUGUGUCUCCAGGAUAGAGCACAGAGCAGAGACUUCACUGGCUCAACUUCACUCCUUCCUUCCUGACUCUUCUACCUACCCCCACUUGCCAAGUGAUGCAGGGGGGGGAUGGAGAGUGGGCAUUGACCUCAGUCCUUAAGUGGCCAAGCAAGCAGCCAGCCAUCGGUCAGCUCUUCUGUGCCGGUGGUGUCUUCCGACUCAUCUGUCCGCUCCCAAAAUGGAGUAUGCCUGGUACUGGCUCGAUGAUUCUGGGCAGUGGAUUGAGUAUGGGGAAGAGCAUCCGGAUCACUGCCCUGCCACGAUGUCAUCUGCAGAUCUGGAGAAAGAAUUUCUAGCUGACGAGAAAGGCAGUGUGUUAUUCAGAGCUGGUUCUCAGAAGUAUAAGUUAAACUUUAAAGACAUGAUCCAAACAAAUGUGAUCUAUAAAACUGAAAGAAGAGUUACCCGAUGGCCAAAAUUUCUGUCCAUUGAAGAUCAACAAAACAGAAGGCAAAACAUGACACUGUCAAGUUUUGUCUGUCCUCCACAAUGGGACAAAUCUGCACUGCCUGAUAUCGGGUUCAAGUUGGUACAGAUCAGCUACAGUUCCCAGGAAUAUCAAAAAAUUAAGAUGCUGUUUGGGAAGACGAUGAAAGAUUACUUCAUCCACCAAAUCCAGAGAAUCCAGAACCCAACACUUUGGCAAGUUUUUCAGUGGCAAAAAGAGCAAAUGAAGAAGCUCAAUAAAUCAAAAUGCGUGGAUGAGCGGCUCCUGUUCCAUGGGACGAGUCUGUCCCACAUGUCUGCCAUCUGUGAGCAGAACUUUGACUGGAGGAUCUGUGGGACUCAUGGGUCACUGUAUGGAAAAGGAAGCUACUUUGCCAGAGACGCCAGCUAUUCUCAUGACUACUGUUCCUCUCUUGAUGGUCGCUACAGCAUGUUUGUAGCUCACGUUCUUGUUGGAGACUUUGUUCAGGGAAACCCUGAAUACCUUCGCCCUCCAGCCAGAACCAGCAAUUCAAACAGACUUUAUGACAGCUGUGUGGAUGACCCGAUAGAUCCUUCCAUCUUUGUCAUCUUUGAGAAGCACCAGAUUUACCCUGCCUAUAUUGUGGAGUACAGCAGCGAGUCCCAGUGUAUAAUCCUAUAAUGAAUGAUGGAAUGUCCUUUGAAUUUACACUGAAUAAAUUACA